UAUAACUUUGUAUAUUUGAAGUACAGAAUUUUCAAACUCCCCGCUUUUUCUUCUCGGGUUAGGCUUGAUUUCCCAAAAGCCAAUGAAAAGCUGCCAACUAACGCAAGCGCAGUAAGUUAAAUGGAAAGGAACAAGCGUACAGCUGGGAGAGGUAGACGCCUACCAAGCCUUCUUUGCUGCCAUUUUGUUAAGUGUCUAAAAUCAGUCGUUGGUAAAAAAUACAAUUUUAUUUGUAAAGAUUAAAGAAUCUGAUUGUAUAAUUGCAGCGUUAUGUGAGAUAUUUAUCAUUUUAAGCUUUGUAAAUUAAAAUAAAAAACGCGGAUUAAUAAAAAUGAGGUAUGUCAACAUUGCUUUCCAUUAUAUUUUAAAAUGAAUGUGCAACUUUUUAACAAACGUUCCUAUGACUCAGUUCUAGAAAAUUAUCGGAAUAUACGGAUAGCGAAUUGUCUUCUGACGACGAUUAUGAUGUGUACGAUUAUCAAAUUAUGCAAUUCAUAAAGCGCGGUCGACAACCACUUAAUCGAACCGUACGAAUUGUCAGUAAAUUGUGGAUAAAACAAUUAAAAGGCAAAAUCAAAGCUCAAUACAUGGAAGAACCCCACAGCGAGGAGAUAAAUUAUUAUUAAUACGUGAUCUGUUGAAGUUUAAGUCUCCCGCACCCGAAGAUUGGCCCUGGUACACCGUCAUAUCAGUGGGACAUGGUCGUAUGUAUUAAUUUUUAGUUCAUAUUCAUCACUUUCAAAUUUAUUACCUUUUUUAUUAUUGUAAAAAAUUUUAUGUAAAAUAAUCUACUAGUUGUUUCUAAAAAUGUGCUAAAUGACAGUUAAAAACUUAAAAUUGUUGAAUUUUACAUUGCUUCUAAUUAUAUUUAAUUUAAUAGGCAAUUUGAAAGAAGCGGAGGCUAAGCUAGAACUAUUAGGGGAAAAUGACUACGCGUUUACUCAGGAUUCUGAAGAACCUCAGAAAAAAGCUUUAAGAAAUCAAAAGAGAAUAUUAUCUCAUACAUUAAAGCUCAGUCAAGAAAAAAGAAAAGCUUUAGAAGAAGUUCGAGAUCUCUCCGAGUCUGAUGAAGAAAAACAAAGUUCAAGGACAACUUCAAAUGAUAACCGGAAUAAUGCGACGAAAAUAUCCCAGGGAAAACUAAUAGAAAGGGAACAAAAUCUUGUUAAUUCGGUUAAAGAAAAAGAGAGUUCAAGACAGACUGCAAUUACGAAUAAUAAUGAUGAUUCUGUUGAAAACCGGAAUAUCGCUUCAAAAAUAUCCCAGGCAAAACAAUCAGAAGAGGUGCAAAAUCUCACUGAUUUUACUGAACCAAAUAGAACUUCGAGUGAAACUUUAAAUUUUAGUAAUGACGAUCCUGCCAAAAAGCAACCUAGACCGAAUGAUUUCCACGAAACAUCGAUUCAUAAAGAAAAGUUUACUGAAAAAAACCCGAAAAACUUAAAAUUAAACUUUUAUGAUUAUAUUGUGCGUAAAUUAGAUCGCCUAACAGUGGAUGUUAGCAGAGUGGAGAGAAAGGUGGACAGACUUUUAGUUGAAAACGUUAAUAUCAAGGAGAAUUUCGCAACAGUUCCUGAUUUCAUUAGUAAAUAUAAACUACAACUCCCGAUUAACAGCAAUGAGUGCUUCAAUCAGUUUGACGACAGAUUAUCAGAAUCUGUUUUCCAAGAAGAUUUUAAAAAAACUCUUUUCAAAGAGAAAAACAUUUACAAUUGCUUAUUUGAUGUCCUGAAAAUUUCCCAUGGGAAUAGAGCAACUGGACAAGCAGAAACGGAGAAAAAUUACGCUAAAGAAUUAGGCUUCGUAAUACGUGGAUCAAAAGAUUGGUUUGGUGGGCGCAAAUUAAGCAAAUAUUAACCACACACAACAGAGGCAGCUCAUGAGGAAACAAAUUAAA